CCGCCCCUGCGCGGGGUCACGUGGGCGCUGCCCCCCGGAAGUCUCGCGAGAGGCGGCGCAGCAAAGAUGGCGGCGCCGGGGACGGAGGCGGCGGCGGGGCCGGGCCCGGGCCCGGGGCAGGUGUCCAGCAGUAACGGCGCUGCCGGGACCGGGACCGGCGCCGGGCCCGAGAGCCCACAGGGACAACAGCAGCAACCUGCACCGAACGCCUGGCAGGUGGUGAAAGGGGUCCUGUUCAGGAUUUUCAUCAUCUGGGCCAUCUCCAGCUGGUUCCGGAGGGCGCCGGCGCCGCAGGAGCCCAACGGAGCCGGGGGCAGCGCCCGCAGCCCCAGCAGGAACCUCUUCCCCAAGGACACCCUGAUGGAUCUCUACGUUUACAUCUCGGAGCACGAGCACUUUACGGAUUUCAACGUCAGCUCCGCCCUUUUCUGGGAAAAACGGGAUCUGGUCUACGGAGACUGGACCAGCGGCGAGAACUCGGACGGCUGCUACGAGCACUUCGGGGAGGUGGAGAUCUCCCAGAGCGUGCAGAGGAACGGCUCCAUCUACGUCCACGUUUACUUUCACCAAGAGCGGCUUCCACCCCGACCCGCGCAGAAGAGCCUCUACCGGCGCCUGGCCACCGUGCACACCUCCAGGAUGAUCAAUAAGUACAAGCGGAGGCGGUUCCAGAAAACCAAAAAUCUCCUGACGGGAGAGACCGAGGCCGACCCCGAGAUGAUCAAGAAAUGGUUCAUCACGAUGACGCCCCAGCUGUUCAUCAAUUACAAGCUGCAGUCGGUGGCGCACCUGCCCUGGCGCAUGCUCACCUACAAGGCCCUCAACACCUUCAUCGACGACCUGUUCGCCUUCGUCAUCAAGAUGCCCAUGAUGUACAGGAUAGGCUGCCUGAGGGAUGACGUGGUGUUUUUCAUCUACCUGUACCAGCGCUGGAUUUACCGCGUGGACCCCACGCGCGUCAACGAAUUCGGCGGCACCGGCGAAGCCCCCGCGCCCCCCCCGGGCUGCCCCUCCCCCACAGCGCUGCCCCCCGCCCCUCCCCCAGCCCCCCCCAAACCCCCCCAGGACAAGAAGGAGGAUUAAAGCCCCUCCCCCCCC